CAUGGUGGGAGGCUGGAAAGGAGGCAUCAGAGUUGAUCUCAUGGGUAGAUGGGCAGUGCCAUGUUCAGUGUAGGUUGCAAAUCUGCUAAUUUCCUUUUUUCUUUUCUUCCCUUUCCAGAGGCAGAGUUGAAGGGAGCUCAUCGAGGCUCUGGGAUGGAGCUGACCCAACUUUCUGGCUCUUUGUCUCCCUUCAGGAUACGUCCGUUUGCUCCUUGCUCUCUCCGUGCUGCUCCUUUUUUGGGCUGUCAGUCCAUAGAUGCUUUGGGUGCAUUUUGAAUCCAGGGUUUUUUACCUUACACUUUUUUUUUCUGGAGGCUCUUUUCAGUGCCAAAAAUGAGUCGCGGGUAUUCAGAAAACAAUAAUUUCCUGUAUGACAAUAAUCAAAUGGUUUUGGAUAUGAUCCUCUGCUCCCUAAUUGGGGUCCCUCAGCCUAUCAACUGGGACAGUGUGGCGAGAUUAGUCCCGGGCUACUCAUCAAAAGAGUGUGCAAAAAGGUUUGAUGAACUAAAAAGCAGUGGAAAUUCUCCAGUUGAUAAUCAAUACAGUUCGCUAAUGGCCAGUGGUGGGAGCCCUAUGGAAACGCUAGCUGGUUAUAUCAGAUCAUCUCUUCUUGAUGCUCAGGAAGAAUCACAGGAGGAACCUAAUGAAAAAGAUGCUAUUUCUGGAAAUGGAAGGCCAAGUGUCGCGUCCUCAAGGAACUCCUCUUCAGAAAGUGAGAAGUGUCCUGCGCGUAAAAAUGGAGAAAAUGCUGAUGAAACACAAGG